AUGUCGUCGGACGGAUCGGCGUACUUUGGCGAGCCUCCGCUCAGCAGUGGCGAUGUAACCAUCAUGAAAGGCCUAUUUGGAUCGACGAAACCGCCAAAACGUGUGCCAGUUCCUCCAGGGGAACCCAAGACAGCAGCCCCAGGACUCGUCGUUGGACUGUCUUUUGCCAUUGUCAUUGUUGUUUUCAUCACCGGCGCCCGGCUUUUGACUCGGAUCUUCCGGAAAGGGCAGGUGUUCGGAUGGGAUGACUGGAUCGUUAUACCGGGUGUGGGAAUCGCUCUCGCAUAUUUUGCCAAUCUCCUUGUUCGGACUCAGACGGGAUGUGCAGGCAAGCAUAUGAACGACUGCACCUACAAAGAGCUUGGAGUCUUCACUACGAUCGUGAACAAUAUCUUCCUCGGAAUCCUAAUUCUUUUUUUCUUCAUCACGCUGUUCAUCAACAUUUUUCAAUGCUCGCCCGUGACGGCGUUUUUCAACUAUGCCAUCAAAGUGGACUCGCCAACGUAUCACUGCCUAGACACCGGUAAAAUCAGCAAUGCUUUUAGCAUUAUCAAUUGCGCGCUUAUCGAUCUUCGCUCGGCUACAGACACUCGAAAGACGUAA